UAAAAAAUUAUUGCUUUUUUGUGAGAAAAAAAUAAAAAAUAGGAAAUUAAUUGCAAAAUAUAAAGUUCUUUUAAAUAAAGUGGGUUGUUUUGAAUAAAAAUGAAAUCGUCGGUUAAAUUUGAAAAAUGCAUUAUCAACGAGGAAGACGAAGAUGAAACUCAUAAACGAUGUUACACAAAUCUCGUUAAUAAUGCCAUCAUAGUGAUAGUAAAGUGCAAAAGAUAUGUCUACACUAUGGUUACCUAAACGAAUUUUAUUGAAAAAAAAAUAUUUUAAAUUUCAGACAAAUUGCAAAGAAAAAAAACCUAUAAAGAAAACAAUACAACCCUAAAGUUAACAAACGAAAAAAAAACGAAAAUUUUUAUGAUUUAUACAAAACAAGGUGUCAUAAUUUUAUAAAAUAAUAAAUAAAAAAGUAAAGUGUCUAAAACAAGUUUAAUUUGGUGUAAAAUCACGAAAAAAUAUAUAAAAAAUUAUUUAACAAUUUACACCAGAAAACGCGCGCGUGCAAAUUAAAAUUUAACAAAAAACAAACGAAAAGUGGCAACUUUACAACAAGUGCAGCAAUUACAGCAACUACGACAGUGUUUCAUUUAGUUUUUAUAACGAACCGAACAUUACAAGUUUUAGGGCGUUUUAACUUUUUUUUAAGUCUUAAACGAAAGCGAUCAAGUAAUCAACAUUUUUGCUCAAUUAUGCGAAGAAAUCUGCGUUUAGAUUGGAGGGCUUUGGCGCUGCUGGGUGCCCUCCUAUCGAUUAUAAUCGAUUGGCCGGGUUUGGUAUAUGCAAUGCCAACAAUAUUACCACCAGUGGCUGCUAUAACAGCAGAAGCCGCACCCACAGACACACUAAAUAUAAUUAAAAACGAUAAAAUAUUAAACUUUUUUCCUCCUGCCGUUGCGGAGGAAGAGCAUCGAACGCAGCAAAAGGACGAUAGCAAAAUGAAAAGCGAAUUUAACAACAAUCAAAUGUUAAACGAAAAUUUAAAAAGUUUUUCAACAACAGCCACAGCGGAAACGGCAACGGAAACACAGCAACAGCCACUAUCACAGCAACAACGAUUAACGACGAUUAAUGAGAAGCAGCAGGUUAACGAAAACAAUAAUAGUAUUAGUGUUAAAGAACUUAACGAUAAUGAAAAACAAAAACAGCAAGAAAAAAUAACUGCCAUUCAUAAAACAACAACAACACAGCAAUUACAAAAACAACAACAGCAAAACUCACAAGACGAAUCAGCCGCCGUACAAAAGGUGUCAUUAUUAAAAAAUACUCAUACGAAAAACUCAACAAUUAAAACGAUAAGUUUAACUAAGUCCACCACCACCACUUCACCAACAUCCUCUACAACAACACCUACACCACCCACCAUCUCUACCACCGAAUCAUCAGCCAAAAUACAAUCUACAUUAAUGCCCUCAAUCUUAGCUGAUCAGUCCGAUGAAGACGUUAAUGAACAGCAAAAUCCUAAUAGUAGUCAUUUAAAUACGGACAAUUUAAUAAAUAAUUUUAAAUUUUCAUCAUCUCAUCAUUUGGCCAUAUUGUCAAGAACUGAACGCAGUAUACGAUCAUCUUCAUCAUCAGCCACAUCGGCUAAUGUUAGUUCAUUAAGUGGUAGUGGCAGCAGUAGUAGGGGAUCAGGUGGUGUUCUGGUGAGACGUUCAUCGGAUAUGAGUGUUUUGAAAACAAAAAGACUGAAUAAUUCUAGAAAUUUACAUCAUAAAAAUAAUUUGGAUCGUAAUGAACGUUCCACGGUAUCACAUCUAUCGGGACCAUCACGUAAAAUACAAUUGUAUAUUAAGAAUCGUUUCAUACAAUUGUUGCCCGAUGGUACAGUUAAUGGAACGCAAGAUGAACAAUGUGACUACACAAUCCUGCAACGUUCUACUGUCGAAGUGGGGCGUAUUAAAAUACAAGGUGUUGCCACUUGUUUAUAUUUAUGUAUGGAUCCCUGUGGUGCUGUUUAUGGCUCGAAAGAAUUUACUGAUGAUUGUGUCUUCAAUGAAAGCAUGGAACAGCACAACUAUAAUACCUAUUCAUCCACCUAUAAUUCAAAUACGCGGCGCAAAUACUAUUUGGCGUUGAAUCGGCACGGUGAGCCGCGUAAAUUACAAAUACCACCCAGCCGUUCGUUGGGUAAAUUAGCAACAUAUACGAAUGCUAUACCCGAAACGGUGCCGCAAGAGCGUGUCGAACAGCUGAUUGCGAAAACAUUCGGUGCAAAUCGUGUUAAACAUGGCAUACGCCAACUCUGUGAUACUGGCAAACCAUUGAUCGAAUUGAUCGAUAGUAAAAACUUUAAAGCACGUCCCAAGUGCAAUCCAAACAAUAGUAAUAAUAAUAGUAAUAGUAAAAAUACUUUAAGUAGGAAUUUAGAUAAAGAAAAUACUUUAGUUAAUCAUAAUCAACAACAACAUCAACAAAACCAGCUUAAUAAUAAUGGCCAAGUUUUGAACAACGUUCCUGUUGCCAAUGAUAAAAAUAAUUUAAGUUCCAAUAGUCGAAGUAGUAGUAGUAGCAAUAGCAGAUCAGAAACAAAUAGAGAUAGUAGUAGUAGUAGCCCGAGUAGUAUUAGCAUUAGUCAAAAUAAUGGCCAUAUUAGUAAUAGCAAUAGUCAUAGUAAACCAACAAGUAGCAAUAGCCACCAUAGUGACAGUUUAAUAACAAGUAGUAUUAGCAAUAGUACAGCACCUCAAACCGGUAGUCACAGAGGCGGCAAGAAAGCGGGGAAGAAACGAAAAUGCCGGCGUUUCGAAAACGAAGAGCAGCACAAUUGCACCACACCGCUAAAUCGGCCCACAUCGAUAACGAGGCGUGGCAAUCAGCUGGGUCCCAUAAGACAGCAAAAAUGUCGAGAUUUGCUACUACAACAGCAGCAAGCAGGGGUCACUGAUAUAGUACUGCCCCCCAUGUGCACCAAAAAGGGUGGUCCAAAAAAACAACAGCAGGGUAACAAUAGAAGAGGACAGGGUAAAAACGGUUUGGGUACCGAUGGUCUAGGACCCAAUAAUCGACGUGGCAAAAAACUAAAUAUGAAUCGAGGAGGUGGUGGAGGCGGUGGACCCGGAAGGCAGGCAGCUAAAAAUAACCAAAACAAUGGUAACAAUAAUGGCGGUUCAAAGAAAAAACAAAAGAAUUCCAAAAGAGGCGGCGUUAUCAACCCCAACAACAAUAACAAUAAGAAAAAUAACAAUAAAAAAGCCUCUGGCAGUACAACUGAAAAAACAGCCUCCACUUCCACAUCAACGCUAAAGCCCAAAUUCUGGGAAACCACAUCGUUGAUGCCCAGCACCACACUGUUCGAGAACUACGAUCCGCAUGCCGAAACCACCAGCGAUCGUGGCGACAGAGAACAACGCAAUGUAAGAUACUCCAAUUCCAUGGAAGAAUACAUGGAACAAUCAUCGGAAGAUACUUCGGCCGCCGAAGAUCCUGAAGACGAUGAUAACGAUAUGGAGACUAACGACGAAAUGAACGAAGAUGCCAGCUAUGAAGACGAUUCAUAUGCUGUGCCCAGCAGUAGCCAUAUUCCCUAUGCGGCUCCUGAGUCAUCACACACGCCUCUAACGGCGGGAGCAGACGAUUUUCUGUAUUAUGACCAGCUAGAUUUCUUACCUAUGGGCCUUUGGGAAUUCAUAGCAGUAAUAUGGAUAUUGGCUUGGAGUCUUCAAACAUUAAGCUGAUGUUUGCCUAAAUAACUCUACUAAGUGUAAAAAAAAAAGAAAUAUUAAUGCUACGGUUACCUUUCUGAAACAAAAACCACAAAAAUUAAUACAUAAAAAUUAUUAAUAAAUAAAAACUAACUUUAACAUUUCUCUCAUAAGGAUUUCACAACCCUGUAACAUAAUUUGUUUUUAGUUUUAAUUUAAAUUUAUUAAUUUGAUUUUAAAAAACCAUUUUGUAUUCUAGUUAUUUCAUGUGUAUAAUGU